AUGUAUAUAUUUGAUCAAAUUAGAAGUAGUAACCAUGGUGGAGGUUUAGGUUGCACUUUUAUUGAUUGCGAAUAUUUACAAGAAAUUCGUUCUGGAAACUCUUCAAUGUGGAUUUUUAAAUGCAAAAUGUGUUCUAUCAAAAUUAAAAUAAAUUCCAAAAAAAAUUGUGAUUACAUACCCAUAAAUCAAGCGGCUACUAAUGCAAGCAUUGGAGUUGGAAUAGGGUAUUCACAGUUAAAAGAAUUUUCUGCUAUUUUGGAUAUUCCUGCAUUUUGUAGUAAUACAUAUGAGGCGCAUUUCUCCAACAUCAACAGAGUUAUUGAAGAGUCUGCUUGGGAACAAAUGAAACUUGCUGGUAUUGAAGAAAAGCGACUAGCAAUAGAAGCUGGAGAUAUUGACUUGGAUGGCAUUCCUAUGAGUCCAGUAGUUACAGAUGGUCAAUGGGGAAAACGCAGUUAUAAAACAAAAUACGAUGCGUUAUCGGGAGCAGCAACGAUUAUAGGGUUUCGCACAAAUAAAACUUUAUUCGUGGGGAUAAGAAAUCGUAACUGCUGUAUGUGUGAAAGAUCAAACACUUUGAAAAUAAAGGCUAAAGAGCACAAUUGUUUUUUAAACUGGCGUAAAAGUGUGACUGCGAUGGAAUCAGACGGUAUAGCGGAAGGGUUUACCAAAAGUCUCGAAAUGCAUGGAUUAAAAUACAACAGAUUAAUUGGAGAUGGUGAUAGCAGCGUAAUCAAGCGCCUAAAUGAAAUAGUACCGUAUGGACCUCACAGACUUGUAAAAAAAAUUUAA